AUGAAUGCUGAAGCUGAAGCCUUGCGCUUGAACAAAUUGACCUUCAGCUAUGGGCCUCACUUCGAUUAUUCGAACACCUUCAAUACCUCGAGCCCGGAGAAAGAAACGGUCAAUGAGACCAAAGGAGCAAAAGCCAAACGAUAUACGGUGCUUGGCCUCAAGCAUGGUGCCAAUGCAUUCGUGAAGGUCUGCAAGGCCUUUGCCGACGUUGGCUGGAAUCUCCUGAAGGGCAUUGGAGAUCUGGGAAUUUUCCUGGGCAAAGUCGUCGGCAAGAGCGCUGUUUGGACGGGCGCGAAAGUCACAGCCCUCUAUGCCCACGUAAGGCAGACAACGCCCCACACAGACAAGAUCCAUUGGACACAUACCGAGCUGGCCAUUGGCAAGAACCAGUUGCAGGCAGCGGUCUAUCCAGAUGGGGUUCAGGAGCAAGACCUUUGCUGGAUGGGAGAACCAAAGCCACGAUCCGGCUACGGAGUGCGGGGCGACCAGAUCAUCAUCUCGCGCUUUGUGGGCGAUGGCACCCUGGAUGCCCAGAAGUAUCGCACCUUAGCCGCCGAGCGUGCGAAGAUGUGGGCCAAGCAUCUCAAGCACUACUCCGACACCGUGGGUCAAUGGCAUCGUGCCGUCUUCGGCAAUCUUGGACAUGACUUCAGCAAGGAUUUUGGUAAGUGUACCCUCCACUGGUGA